GUCCACUUCAAUGGAGUAUUGUUUUGCAUCUCAUUACCUUGAAGCAUAUAUAACCCAUAGAUGCUUCAAUAGAUCCUGACUCUGCCCUUCUCUGGGAAGUUGAUGAAUGCAGUGACAUAUGAGGAUGUGCAUGUAAACUUUACUCAGGAAGAAUGGGCUUUGCUGGAUUCUUCCCAGAAGAAUUUCUACAAAGAAGUGAUGCUGGAGACCUACAGCAACCUCACUGCUAUAGGCUAUUCUUGGGAAGACCUCAGUUAUGAAAUGAAUUCUCAAAAUUCUAGAAGACAUGGAAGGCAUCUUCAAAGGCAUGAAAGAAUUCACACUGGAGAGAAAAGCUAUAAACAUUUGCAAAGUAAUGAAGUGUUUUCAAGUCACAGUCAUCCUCAGAUACAUAAAAGAAUGCUUACUGGAGCCUUUGUAUAUGAUAGUGGCCUUCAAAUGCAUAGAGAAACACACACAGGAGAGAAACCCUGUGAUUGUAAGACACAAGGUAAAGCCUUUGCAUGCCACAGCCAUCUGCAAAGCCCUAAAAAAACACAUACUGCAGAGAAACCCUAUGAAUGUAAAGAGUGUGGUAAAGCCUUUUUGUGGUACAGUGUUCUUCAUCGGCAUAACAGAACACAUACUGGAGAGAAGCCUUAUGAAUGUAAACAGUGUGGUAAAGCCUUUUCAGAUCUCUGGGUUCUUCAAAGGCAUAAAAGUACACAUACUGGAGAGAAGCCCUAUGAAUGUAUACUAUGUGGUAAAGCCUUUGCACAGAACAGUAUUCUUCAGAGCCAUAAAAGAACACAUACUGGAGAGAAGCCCUAUGAAUGUAAACUAUGUGGUAAAGCCUUUUCAUAUCAUAGUGAUCUUCAAAGGCAUAAAAGAACACAUACUGGAGAGAAGCCCUAUGAAUGUAAACUAUGUGGUAAAGCUUUUGCACAGAACAGUGUUCUUCAGAUUCAUAAAAGAACACAUACUGGAGAGAAGCCCUAUGAAUGUAAACAAUGUGGUAAAGCCUUUGCACAGAACUUUAAUCUUCAGAGUCAUAAAAGAACACAUACUGGAGAAAAGCCCUAUGAAUGUAAACAAUGUGGUAAAGCCUUUAAACAGAGCAGUCAUCUUCAAUGUCAUAAAAGAACACAUACUGGAGGGAAGGUCUAUGAAUGUAACCAGUGUGGCAAAGUCUUUGCAGUAAAUAUUGAUCUUCAAAUACAUAAAAGAUCACAUACUAGAGAGAAGACCUAUGAAUGUCAACAAUGUGGUAAAGCCUUUUCAUGGUACAGUGCUCUUCAUAGGCAUAAAAGAACACAUACUGGAGAGAAGCCCUAUGAAUGUAACCAAUGUGGUAAAGCCUUUGCACAGAACAGUGUUCUUCAGAUUCAUAAACGAACACAUACUGGAGGGAAGCCCUAUGCAUGUAACCAAUGUGACAAAGCUUUUAUUUCUCACAGCCAUCUUCAGAUUCAUAAAAGAACACAUACUGGAGAAAAGCCCUAUGAAUGUAACCAAUGUGGUAAAGCCUUUUCAUCUCACAGUGCUCUUCAAAGGCAUAAAAGAACACAUACUGGAGAGAAGCCCUAUGAAUGUAACCAAUGUGGUAAAGCCUUUGCACAGAACAGUACCCUUCAGAGUCAUAAAAGAAUACAUACUGGAGAGAAGCCCUAUGAAUGUAAACAAUGUGGUAAAGCCUUUCCAAGGAGCAGUCAACUUCACAGUCAUAAAAGAACACAUACUGGAGAGAAGCCCUAUGAAUGUAAACAAUGUGGUAAAGCAUUUGCACAGAACAGUCAACUUCAGAGUCAUAAAAGAACACAUACUGGAGAGAAGCCCUAUGAAUGUAAACAAUGUGGUAAAGCUUUUGCACAGAACAGUCAUCUUCAAAGGCAUAAAAGAAUACAUACUGGAGGGAAGCCCUAUGCAUGUAACCAAUGUGGUAAAGCCUUUGUCCACAAUAGUGAUCCUCAAAGGCAUAAAGGGACACAUAAUGGAGAGAAACAAUGCAUGUGACCACUGUGGUAAAGCCUUUGCCCACAACACUAGUCUUUAAAGACAUGAUAAAACAUACUGGAGGGAAGCCCUAUGAAUAUAGCCAGUGUAGUAAAGCCUUUACACAUAAAAGUAAUUUCAGAGUUAUAAAAGAACACAGACUAGAGAGAAAUGUUAGGAUGUUCACUGUUGCUGUAAAGACUUAACAUACCACUAUCAUCUUCAAAGGCAUAAAAGAUCACAUACAUGGAGAAAACCCUAUGAAUAUAACCAAAGUGGUAAAUCCAUUGCACAUAUGGGGUUCUUCAAAGGCAUUAAAAACAAAAAUUAGAGUGAACUGUUGAUGUAAUUACUUAAAAUGCAGCCACCAGACAAGCCAACUGUCUAAGCUGCAGUGGCUCUUGCUAGCUCAACCGCCAUGUUCAUUGGCUCAAGUCCAUGUGGGCACCGCAGUUAUUAAAGGCCAGCCAGAAACGCCAGUGUGGGAGAUGGUUCUGCCAAUCAUCCAUGCUGUCUCUCCAAGGCUGGGCAGUGCCCAGACCAUCCCACCAACCAUGCAGGUUCAGGACAGAUGAGACUCUAAUGCUUAGAUUAUCCAAAGGCUUAUAUAUUUAGUAAUGGUCAAUAACAAGAUUCCCUUACAAUUAGAGGUAUAACCCAGUACCCAACCUAGAUAUACCAACUACAUUUGACUGCUACAGUCAAGCGAACAUCAGCCUCCAUGCACCCCUCUCUCCUUCUCAGUCUUUUCCUUAGCUCCUCCUCUUCCUUCUCCUCUUCCUUUACUCCUCCCACCUUAGCUCUUCCUACAGUGAACCCCUAUGAACGUAGUCAACUUGAUUAAGCCUUUGCAUAUCAGCAUCACCUUGUAAUGCAAGAAUGAAAUCAUACAAGAGAUACCCUGUGGGCAUUAGUGUGUGUGUGUGUGUGUGUGUGUGUGUGUGUGUCUUUGGCUAAUCUUCCCAUGGUUUUCCUCCUACUUAAUUACCUUACCUAGCUUUGAUAUAAGUAAUGGUGCCUGUAAGUAUUAUCAAAUAGUAUGUCUUGUUCAGUUAAUAUCCAGAAGAGGCCUGCUAUUUGUUGAAGGAGAUGGGAGAGGAGUCAUCUUGUGGCCAUGGUAGGUUAGAAAAUUUAUGGAGAGUGAAGGGAGGGGGAAACAACCCUGGAAUAAAACCUUCAACCUAUAAUGUUUUUUGCUUGCAAGAUGUGCUGUGUCAAUAGCAUACUUGUGGUCAUAGCCAAUUAUUGACUGGUUUAAUUGGUGGCACAUGAAAGAAGAAGGAACCUAUAACACACUGACUGGUUGACCAGAAACUAGAAGCAAGAUAAGCCAGAAUUAUACAAUAGAACCAAAGAUAACUGCCCCCUCCCACAACAACAAAACCCCCUUCCAUAGUGAUUUUCUGCUCUAGUCAUAGUUUGGUGACUAUCCCAACUCUCAUGACAAAGUCUGCCUUCAGCAGGCCAUGGGAGUAGUACAAAUGACCCACACCUAAACACUAGGUAUAUAGAAGCCAGGUUUGCAGUGUCUAUUGCUUUUCUUACCUAAGAGAUUGGGGAACCCUAGAGAAGAGGGGAAGAAGGCAUUGUGGAAACCAGAGGUGUCUAAAGACACAAUGAGAGCACAGGCAACAGAAUUAUCUUAGCUGGAUUCCUGGGACAGUUGUGCUUAGGAAGAGGUGAGUUGUGCAGGAGCUGGAAGUGGUAGAAGGAGUGAUAGCUCCAUGUUAGGAGCCAUGCUGCGUUUGCUGAAGUAGCUAUACGCUCGCCAUUAUAAGAUGGCGCUGGCUUCCUGUUCCUGGUUCUUCUUGGCCUUGGUGUCUGCAGCUGUGCGCACGCGUAGGCUCAAAUUUUCCCGCUGAAAGUACUAUCAGUGGAUAUGUAAAUGAGACCCCAGUCUGUAAGCCAAUGAGGACAGAUCAUGUCUCUUUGAUAGUAUAUAAGUCAGAACAUUCUGGGGCUUGGGGUCCUUCCUUUGUUCUCCAUCUUGCAUCCUUCUAACUAAAAGAGCUGUAACAAUAAAAGACGCUGUCAGAAG